AUGACGCAAAGCAACGGAUCUGGCCAGGCUGAGGUGCUUUGGCGCCAUCCUGAUCCGACUUCCACGCCAAUGUGGCGCUUUCUCCAAAAUGUCAAAGCAAGGCACGAACUGGAUGGCGAUGACUAUCAGAGUCUGUACAAGUGGAGCGUCGACGACGUAGCGACAUUCUGGGAAGAGUGUUGGGAUUUCGUAGGCGUAGUAUCUGAAAAGGGGCAUGGCAAGGCACUCUCUCCCGGGGCGCCCAUGUUCCCGCGACCUGAUUUCUUCUCCGGAUCUCGUCUCAACUUUGCCCAAAAUCUACUCUACCCGCCAACGUCUCCAGAACUGGACCCUGAGUCGGCUGCAGUCCUAACUGUGACGGAAUUGCCAGGUUCUGGCAUUCGUGAGACGACCUGGGCCGCCCUUCGUGAUGCAGUGCGGCGCUGUUCGUCGGCCCUCAGAGCUAGAGGUCUGCAGCCCGGAGACGUUGUCGCUGGUUAUGUCUCAAACCACGUCGAGGCGCUGGUGGCCAUGCUGGGUGCGGCCACCGUCGGUGCUAUCUGGACAGGUAUCAGUCCGGACAAUGGAGUGUCCGCUGUGCUUGACCGUCUGGGCCAAAUCUCACCCAAGUUCCUGUUUGCCGAUAAUGGGACUGUAUACAACGGGAAGGAAUGGAGCAGCACGGCCAAGACAACAGAGAUUGUGCGCGAGUUGCGGAAGUCUCAGGGCCUGACAACCGUGGUUAUCAUCCCAAACAUUACUGCCGACUUAUGCCUGCAGGAUCUGGUUGACUUGGGCGUCCAGGCCGUGGAGUACCACGAUUUCUUGACCACAGCCCCUGAAGAGGCUCUCAGAUUUGAGCUACUACCGCCUUCGCAUCCUCUGUAUAUCUUGUACUCAAGCGGCACAACAGGACUUCCCAAGGCUAUUGUUCACACAGGCCUCGGCACCCUCCUGCAGCACAAAAAGGAGCACAUGCUUCACUGUGGACUGACGCCAGCGUCGCGGAUGCUGUACUACACUACUACCUCCUGGAUGAUGUGGCACUGGUCUAUCGGUGCACUCGCUGUGGGUACGACCUUGAUCCUCUACUCCGGGUCCCCAUUCCGGCCGAACGGCUACCUCUCCCUACCGAAAGUCCUGUCCGAUCUCAAGGUCACGCACUUUGGCACAUCGGCCGCCUACCUUACGGCCUUGGAAGCAAACAAAGUCUACCCGGUUCGCGACGAGAACCUUGACCUGUCCUGCCUCGAAGCAAUCUACUCCACCGCGUCGCCCUUGCCACCUUCGACUUUCAAGUUUGUUUACGAAGCAUUUCCUAAACACAUCAACCUCGCUUCUAUCACCGGCGGCACCGACAUCAUCUCUCUCUUUGGCACACCAUGCCCUCUACUCCCCGUCCGAGUCGGAGAGAUUCAGUGCGCAGGCCUGGGUAUGGCUAUCCGUGUGAUAGACCCACUCACCGCAGAAGAGGUUCCUCAGGGUGAACCUGGCGACCUCAUUUGCGUGAGGCCCUUCCCAUGUCAGCCACUGACCUUUUUCGGGGAAAACGGUCAGGAGAAGUACAAAUCAGCGUACUUUGAGCGGUUUGCCAAUGUCUGCGGUGUAAAGGGCGAUGUCUGGCACCAUGGCGAUUUUGUCAAAAUGCUCGAUGUGUCAACCGGAAGUCUCACCAUGCUUGGUCGCUCUGACGGUGUGCUGAAGCCCUCGGGUGUGCGAUUUGGGUCUGCUGAGAUAUACAACAUUCUCACGCGGUUCUUCGCGGCGGAGAUUGAAGAUGCUGUGUGUGUUGGUCGACGGAGAGAGCACGACAACGACGAGACAGUCUGCUUGUUUGUAGUCAUGGUACCGGGGAAGACAUUUGACGACACACUCAAGACGGCCAUCAAAUCGAAGAUCAAGGCGGAGCUAAGCCCGAGGCACGUGCCAGGAAUCAUCGAGGAAUGUGGCGGUGGUGUCCCUAAGACAGGCAACGGGAAAAAGAUUGAAGUCGCCGUUAAGCAGAUCCUCUCGGGCAUGGCGGUCAAGACGAACGCCAGUGUUGCCAACCCAGAGGCUUUGGAAUGGUUCAAGGCGUGGGCACAGACUCACUGA